AUGGGUCAGGAAAGUUUGAUCAUUGCUGUCAUAGUUAUUGUUUUUACUGUGAUUGGAGGUGUGGUAGCUUUCAUCGUAUGGCAUCGAUUACGUAGACCGAGAGGGGGAGAUGGUGCAAUCCAGAUGCGCCGUAGACGAGAGCGCGGUUCAGAGGGUCGCAAUGUCCAAGAUCGUGGCCCAGAUGGUCCGAGUAUAGCGGACAUUGUACGCAACUCACCCGGACAUCAUGUAGGGAGAACCGAAGGAAGUGAUGGUCGAAGCUUAGCAGAUAUUGUAAACCCACCAGCAAAACGCCGUGGCAAAUCAUCUGCAGCUCGUAUGAAGAAGGGGAAGAAACGGGGUGCUGCCGAGGCAUCGGAGGAUGGCCCAAGUACUGCUGCUGGAAAUAGCUCACCAGAUGGUAUUCACAACCCUGCCGCACAUGCUGAACGGUCGCCAGUAGGGAAUGGAGGAAAAGGCAAGGGAAAACCAGCACCGGGGAAGAUCAAGAGACCAGUCGUUGCCCCCGAAAGCAGCGAUGCUCCAUUAAUUAGGUCGAAUCGUCUCCAAGCUGUUCUCAAGAUGAAGACGAUGUCAAUUGGUAACCCGGAAAACAAUACUCUCAAACAUGCCGAAUUGACUGCAUUACCAACGAAUCAAGUGGAAGUUAUUCUGCAUCGAAAUAUUCAGUAUUCCCAGAUACGUGAAGCAGUUAUUGAGACACCGGAAAAUCGUUACUGGCACCCAAGGGUCGUCAGUCGCGAAGACAUUUCUAAGCUUACCAGAAUGGCGACAAAAGGAGUCGAGGUCGUGCAAGCCGACUUUGACGACAGAAACUCACUUCUUCUAGCCUUCGAAGGCGCUGCUGUGAUUUAUUCCAAUACGGGUUUUUUCGUGCAUCUCUUUACGGCAAUAUCCAAAGGCGCGCCACCUGGACGCACAGUUCACGAAUAUGCAUUUGAUCGCGAAGUGGCUCAAGGGAUCAACAUUGCAGAAGCAGCUGCUUCUCCAACGAUUCUCCAAACCCUAGAACGAUUUAUAUACUCGUCAUUGAGCGAUGCAACGAAGUGGAGUAAGGGCAAAUACACCACGGUAUAUCAUUUUGAUUCCAAAGCCGAAACCAUACGGCUCACACAAUCUCGAUUCCCGGAGUUGGCCGCAAAGAUGAGUACGCUGCAGGUGGGACAUUACGUUACGAAUUGGAAGGCCUUUCCAUCGAUGGCACCGCAGAAACAACCCGAUGGGAGUUUCUUGGUUAUGAGACCGCUGAGGCCUGAUAGCGUGAAUGAGUUUAUGGUUGCGCAUCGUGAUACAGGGGUGUAUGUGAAAGCAUUGCUUGAUAUGCCAGCUGGAACAAAUCUCAUAGGUGUCUCGCAAAGGAUGACAUGGGCGGAGUGGACGAAGGUUUGGGGGGCUACUCUAGGGGUUCAAGCGGAAUUUAAACACGUAUCUGAAGAGGUGUUCUGGGAAGGUGUGCCGGAGGAAAUGAGGGAACUUCAGGAUGCUUGGGAUUAUGCGGAUGAGUUUGGUCAUACGGGUGGAGAUCCGGAUGUUUUGAGACCGGAACAGCUUGCAUUCAAGAUUCCGGUUACGUCGAUGGAGGAAUACAUUAGGAGUGAAGGUUGGUCGUCUGUUCUGAACGCUUAG